AUGGUUGUAUCGACAUACUCGCAACCCAAUGGGACACCGGACGCCCCGUGUGUGAGCCGGCUGGUUUUGUUCAAGUGGUAUGACACUGACUCCAUAGGUUUUCUUACGCCAGGCAGCGUCGAUGCUCCAGCCUCACAACUUGAAAGUGGGUCUUUCCAUGCAGCAUGUGACCCUCGCCACCUUUAUAGAGAACAAAAUAAUGGUAAAAUUGCUUUGCCAGCUAAUCAAGAGCUUGAACUCAUCACAUCCGGUGACACCUGCAAACCAGUAUACCGGAUCCUCAGUUCAUAUUUAAACCCCGGCUUCCUAAUCCAUGUUUCAGAAGUGCUUUACUUGUCGGGCCUCCCACUUGUCUUCCUCCAGACCUGCGGAAUGAACGCGCUGGCCGUCGUGGGAACAUUGGUGAGUAAAGGUAGUGUAACCAUUGUCCGUCUCUUGCAGGUGGGUCUUUCCCUGCAGCAUGUGACCCUCGCCAUCUUUAUAGAGAACAAAAUCAGCCUACCUCUAAGACAAGUCAGGGAAGUUGGUAACGAGACACCACAAUGGUAUAUUAGUUAUAUUAGUAUAUUAGUUAUCAAGUUUCACAGUGAAUACCUACCGUCGGGUGGCGUUUACACCGAGACAAGCAGUAGCCCAUCUUCGGAUUAUCAGCUUAGUUAUCUCUUCUACCUGCCGUAUGAAUCCACGGAAGUACUGGCCAACCGUUACUAUUUAACGAUGCCGCCUGUGGAAGUGAGCAGUACUACGGGUAGUUAUGUCACCAUCCUAGACGAUGACCUGAAGGCGAGGCUGGGAACAGCUACUUCUAUACCUCGUGGAAUCCCAUUCAUGGUUUGCCAUGAACCACAUGCCCAGGCAGCCAAGGAUCUUCUUGAUGUGUUCCUCGACGCGGAAGACGAGUCUGAACUCGCAGAACUUGCUCUCACUGUCCGAGACCACGUCAACGAGGCCCUGUACAUAUUCGCUCUCUAUGGUGCCGUCUAUGAGAGACCGGACAUAAGUUCUGCAGAUUUACCUCGGCUGGAAACUGUACUGACGGACCAGUUCGUUCCCACUGAUGUCAUCAACAAAGCAAAGAGAUUGGUCAAAGCCGCUUCGAUUCACCAGGAUACGGACACGGUCCACGUAUAUUGGCAGCGUAACAGCACGGGCCUCGCCACAAGAAACUCCGAGCAAAGAGUGGCAUAUUGGCGCGAGGACUUGCACCUUAACAGCUUCCACUGGCACUGGCACAAAACGAAUCCUUUCUCCAUCGAGCCCGGCAAGCGAGACCGACGGGGAGAGCUUUUCUACUACAUGCAUCACAACUUGGUGGCGAGAUACAACUUUGAACGUCUGGGAGUCGGCCUCAAACCAGCCGAACCCUUUGAGGACUGGCGCGCUCCUGUGCAGGAAGGUUAUUUCCCUCACCUCACCCUUGGCAACGGCUAUGAAUGGGGAAACAGGCAAGACAACACUCUCAUGCAGGAUGUUAUUGGAACAGGCAUGACCGAUGCCUUAUACAUUUCGAAUCUUGAGCUGUGGCGAACUCACCUGCUCUACUCUGUCGACGAAAAAUAUUUGAUUAGUGAGAACGGCUCUCAGAUUCGCCUCACAGAUGACCCAAGUCCUGGCGAACAGUACGGCAUUGACCUCGUGGGCGAAGCGAUGGAGGCAGGUGCGAGUGUGAACCCCCUCUACUACGGCAGCAUCCACAACAAGGGGCAUAUGUUGCUUGACGGUUGCAAUGACCCAGAUCAGAAACACAUGGGGCACAAUGGUGUGAUGGCAGCCACAGGAACAGCCGUGAGGGAUCCGGUCUUUUUCCGUUGGCACGGCUUUGUUGAUAAGUUUUUCCAUAAGUACAAGAUGACGCAGCCUCCAUACACGCCAGACCAGCUGUCCGUGGGCGUGGAAGUGUUGGAAGUCAAAACCCCGAAUGAACUUCACACUUUCUUCACAAACAGGACUUUUGUCGCAUCGCACGGAAUCGAUUUCCAAGUGGAUCCGAAGAGUAAUAUUUCCGUGCUCUUGACGUCAGAUUUCCUAAACCAUACGGACUUCACCUACCACAUCAAGGUCAAUAACACGAAGACUGUCGAUUUGAAGCCCAAGGUACGCAUUUUCCUGGCACCGAAAGUCGAUGAAGAAGAACAACAGCUUACCUACGCCUCACUUUUACGAUACUGGGCGGAGAUGGACGUGUUCGAAGCAGAUCCGAUUGCUCCAGGCGUCUCCAACAUUACAAGGCUUUCCAGUGAGAGCAGUAUCACAUCAAACGACGUUUACCAACGUACUAAUAUAUCUUCCCCGUCAGCCAAUGCCAACUUCCCCGGCUGCCAGUGGCCCCAGAAUCUCCUACUGCCUAGAGGUAAGCCAGAUGGCAUGGCUUUCCGGCUCUUCGUGAUGAUCACUGACGCCGACCAGGACAAGCCAUUGGACGGUGGCAAUGAUCCUCCCCCAAGCUUUUGCACUUUCUGCGGUAUCCCUGGCGCCAGAUACCCCGAUCGCUGGCCCAUGGGGUACCCUCUGGACAGGAAGAGCACGUAUGGCACAAUCGAUGACUUCGCGGACGCCUAUUCCAACAUGGAGGUAGUCGACGUUAUCAUUUACCAUGCGGAGGAACCAGAGGAGGAGGAACACCCAGAAAACUAA